GCCGAAAGCCGCCGAUGCUGAACCUGCCACCGUAGUUGGAGUGGCAACCGGGUGUGGAGCGGGCAAAAAGCCACGGGGGGAGGCCAGUCCGGAUCAGUCCCGUCCGGCUUCAGCUCUAGAUCCUGUGCGGAGCAACAUCCGCGGUCACAGUCACCGCCUCCAUCAUCGUCGGGGGAGGGACCGGCCAAACCCCGGGGUCACUGCGGAGGAAUGAGGAGAGGCGGCCGGGCCCCGCACUCCGCCCCGGCCUAGGGCCUUGCCCCAGGAGCCGCGAGGAUGGAGGCCUGAAUAUUGAUCUGUGUCCUCCCUACAUCCAGCUGCGUGAAAGUACUUGAUGAUCACAUGACCCUGGACAUGGAUGCUGUCCUGUCGGAUUUUGUCCGUUCCACAGGAGCAGAGCCAGGACUGGCCCGAGAUCUCUUGGAAGGAAAGAAUUGGGAUGUGAGUGCUGCCCUUAGUGAUUUUGAACAGCUACGUCAAGUUCAUGCUGGGAACCUACCACCACCUUUCAGUGAAGGGAGUGGUGGCUCCAGGACCUCUGAGAAAGGUUUUUCUGAUAAAGACUCGACUUGCCCUCCCCGACCUGUCCUGCAACGGCAGGAUGACAUCAUUCAAGAAAAACGCCUGUCUAGGGGCAUCUCCCACGCCAGCUCCAGCAUUGUUUCCCUGGCCCGGUCCCAUGUCUCCUCCAAUGGUGGGGGUGGGGGGAGCAAUGAGCACCCCCUGGAAAUGCCCAUCUGUGCCUUCCAGCUUCCAGAUCUCACUGUGUACAAUGAAGAUUUUCGUAACUUCAUAGAGAGAGACCUCAUUGAGCAGUCCAUGCUGGUUGCCUUGGAACAGGCAGGGCGUUUGAACUGGUGGGUGAGUGUGGAUCCCACCUGUCAGAGACUGCUUCCUUUGGCAACUACUGGAGAUGGAAACUGCCUCCUGCAUGCAGCCUCUCUUGGGAUGUGGGGGUUCCAUGAUCGGGACUUGAUGCUACGGAAAGCUUUGUAUGCACUGAUGGAGAAGGGAGUGGAGAAGGAGGCGUUGAAAAGGCGCUGGCGAUGGCAGCAAACACAGCAGAAUAAAGAGUCAGGGCUGGUGUACACAGAGGAAGAAUGGCAGAAGGAAUGGAAUGAACUGAUCAAACUUGCUUCAAGUGAACCCCGAAUGCAUCUAGGUACCAAUGGAACCAACUGUGGUGGGAUGGAAAGUUCAGAAGAGCCUGUGUAUGAGAGCCUAGAAGAGUUCCAUGUCUUUGUCCUUGCUCAUGUGCUUAGGAGGCCCAUAGUUGUUGUGGCAGACACCAUGCUGAGAGACUCUGGAGGGGAAGCAUUUGCCCCUAUUCCCUUUGGGGGAAUCUAUCUGCCCUUGGAGGUCCCAGUGAACCAGUGUCACCGCUCCCCUCUGGUGCUCGCCUACGAUCAGGCCCACUUCUCUGCACUUGUGUCCAUGGAGCAGAAGGAGAAUGCCAAAGAACAAGCUGUGAUCCCACUUACAGAUUCAGAACAUAAGCUGCUGCCCUUGCACUUUUCUGUGGACCCUGGAAAGGGCUGGGAGUGGGGAAAAGAUGACAAUGACAACAUCCGAUUGGCCAGUGUAAUUCUGUCCCUAGAGGUCAAAUUGCACCUGCUGCAUAGCUACAUGAAUGUGAAGUGGAUCCCACUGUCCUCAGAUGCACAGGCUCCUCUGGCCCAGCCUGAGUCCCCCACAGCGUCAGCUGGUGAUGAGCCCCGGUCAACUCCUGAGUCUGGGGAAUCAGACAAGGAGUCAGUUGGCAGCAGUUCUACCAGCAAUGAAAGCAGCAGGCGGAAAGAGAAGUCCAAGCGAGAUCGGGAGAAGGACAAAAGGAGAGCAGAUUCUGUGGCUAACAAACUAGGCAGCUUUGGCAAGACCUUGGGCAGCAAGCUCAAGAAAAACAUGGGAGGCCUGAUGCACAGCAAGGGCUCUAAGCCAGGAGGGGUGGGGACAGGGUCAGGGGUGAGCAGUGGCACUGAGACACUGGAGAAGAAAAAGAAAAACUCACUAAAGAGCUGGAAGGGUGGCAAGGAAGAGGCAGCUGGGGAUGGGCCUGCAUCUGAGAAGGCCACAGCUGAGUCUAUUGGUAAUGGAGGGAGCAAGUAUAGCCGGGAGGUGAUGCAAAGCCUGAGCAUCAUGAGGACUGCAAUGCAAGGGGAGGGGAAGUUUAUUUUUGUUGGAACCCUGAAGAUGGGUCAUCGUCACCAAUAUCAGGAGGAGAUGAUCCAGCGCUACCUUUCUGAUGCUGAGGAGAGAUUCCUUGCAGAACAGAAGCAGAAGGAGGCAGAGAGGAAGAUUAUGAAUGGAGGAGUGGGGAGUGGGCCUCCUCCAGCCAAAAAGCCAGAGCCAGAUGUCGGGGAGGAGCAGCUGACUGCCCCCCCAGCAGAGUCCAAGGCAAUGGCAUUCUCUACUGGUUAUCCUGGGGGCUUUACUAUCCCUCGACCUUCUGGGGGUGGAGUCCACUGCCAGGAACCCCGGAGGCAGCUGGCAGGGGGUCCAUGUGGGGGGGGCCUGCCACCAUAUGCCACCUUCCCCAGACAGUGCCCUCCUGGGCGACCCUACACCCACCAGGACAGCAUCCCUUCUCUGGAGCCAGGCAGUUACUCCAAGGAUGGAGUUCACAGGGGUGCAUUGUUACCAUCCCCCUUCCGUGUGGCUGAUUCCUAUAGCAACGGCUAUAGAGAGCCCCCUGAGCCAGAUGGAUGGGCUGGAGGUCCCCAAGGGCUUCCCCCAACCCAAACCAAAUGCAAACAACCGAACUGCAGCUUCUAUGGACACCCUGAGACAAACAACUUCUGCUCCUGCUGUUACAGGGAAGAACUGAGGAGGCGGGAACGUGAACCGGGUGGGGAGCUACUGGUGCACAGGUUCUGAACGGGUGGCACCUUGGAGGGCAAGGGGGCUAAACAAAGAAGGUUAAGCUCAAUUAAUUGGCUCAUCAAGACUAGCCCCAAUGUUGAUGGGGCAAAUGCAGUAAUGUUUGUGGGAGCCUGGCUGGAGACUUUAGGUGUGUGUGCACUAGAGUGCUGCCAGGCGGCAAGAGCAGGUCAGGGCUGAACAGCACCUCAAGGGCUGUACUACUCCUUUGCAGAGUUUGGAGGGGACUAAGGAGGUACGGAGGGAGGGUGGUGGGGUGGAGGUAGGGGAAUGAUAAUUCUGUCUCACAACCCCUUGGGUCCUGUCUGGGGCCUAAGGGAAAGUAGUAGGGAAAGAUGUGUUGUGUGUAGGGGGAGGCGGGCAGAAGUUGGGAGGAGAAACAGGCAAAGGAGGUUCUCAGUCAAUAAAAGAAAAAAAUAGACCCAGGUCUUCUAGGUGGGGGGGUGAAGGGGGAGGAAGCACAUGGUGAUGGAAUUGGGAAUGUGGAGGGAAACUGGGAAAUUGGACAAAUUUGCUAUUGAUUUGAAUAGAAAUUAGGGUUGUAUAAAUUAUUCCUCCUGAGGGAUCUGAAAAGACAGGUAGUAAUGUGUACUUAUGGGUGCUUGUUGGGAGGGGUGUAGCUUAAAUCAUAGUUUAUUGAGACGGCAAAGGGAGGAACUUGAAAGGGAAAUCCUUUUCCUCUUUUUAUUUCCUGCUAAACAGAUAACCUGUCAUCAGUUCUAGUUUGAGAGGAGAUUGGCCCCUAUCUUUUCCUCAUCCUUUUUGAAGGCUGAACUCAGCUAAGAAGGUUGUGAAUGUUUUAAAAAAAAGACUUUAAUUUUAUUAAAACAAAAAAAGUUCCCUCUCAGGAAGGGAAGAGUGAUGAGAAGAGCAGGUGUGUGUGUGUGUGACUGUCUCCUGGUGGACUGGUGUGGAAGUGAUCUAGUUUUUAACUACUUAGCAAUAAAUAUAUAUUGAACUUGGAGUGCACCUUAGGGAGGGCUGAGGGAGGGACAGACGUUUACCCAGACUGUUUCAAACAAAACCAAAAACCUAAAUAGAGCACUACCAUCCUCUGUAGUAACUGGCUGCUGCAUUUCUGUAGAAAGCAACUUACUUUAUUGACUAAUUUUUUUUUUUAAGGAAAAACAACAAAAAGACCCCCCCAAAGCAAAAACAUUUUAAAAAGUAAUUUUUCCCCCUACUUAAGUGAUUCUUUCUCUUUUCUCUCUACUUUUGGAGAAUGAAUUUAACAUCCUGGCUUCUUUUGUUAAGCCGUAGCUGACCUUAAUCUAUGGUUAGUUUAUUAAAAUACAUAGUAAUAAAAAAAUACUUUGUAAGAAAAGAUAUUUUUGAUAUUAGGAUGAUGUUGAAAUAAAUAUCGGGUGGGGGUUAGGGACAAUUUAUUAAAAGGUAGUUAGAGAAAUAUAUUUUAGUGAGCUAUAACCACAGAUCACAGAUUACUUCCAAUUAGCUGAUCUGUCUUUGGAUUUCUCCCUUUCCCUGGCCUAACCCUGUUCUCUGCGGGGCGGGGUGGGGGGGAGGGGAGGAGGAGAAUGUGGACACAGCAGGGGGCUCCUUUGCAUUUUGCACAAAGCACAAGUCUGGACAGCUUAUGCUCUGGCCAGAGCCAUUUCCAAGAGCUUUAAACUGGAAUACCUAUUGUGGCCCAAUUUUCCUUUUUCUCUUAUGUUUUUUGGCUGGGAAAAUAAAUCAGCUAUGCAAUUGUAUGCACUCCUGGGUGCAUAUGAAGAAGGGGAAUAAGUAUACUUAAGUGUCCAGAGUAUUAUGGGAGCUAUUUUUCUGUAUUUAGAUUUCUCUUUUGAGUUACGUACUCAUAAUCCAUCCCUUCUAAUGUAAUCUCCACAUUUGAUCUAAGGCAAACAUGGGCUGGGGGUAUGUGUGUACGUGUUGGGGGUGGGGUGGGGUGGCUUGUUUGCUAAUGUUCCUUCUACCCACUCUGGAAAGCUUUCAUCCCAUUCCUUGUCUGGAAUAAAGGCAGCCAAGACUGGCCUCCUCAUUGGAACUGCUCACAGUUUAGAAAGAUCUUUCUCCUCAGCAAACUCAAAAGUCACUUUCCAAAUCUGCUAGUCUGUUGAUUCAGCCAUUUCCUAUUGCUAUUCUUAGGCUUUUAUUUGAAAAUAGAUUGCUUUCCAUCAAAGAAGUAGCAAUGUUCCAGUGGAGGGAGGUUUGCAAGGCUGGGCAGGGUUGGAAUGCUGUAGGAGGAGGGCACUCCCCUCAGGUGCAAAAUUUAAGGGGUACCAAAAAAACUGAGUAAUCGAGAUACUUUUUUAAACUGAUAUUUUGCAAAAUUAAUAUGAAAAAUUCAUGUUGAACAAAAUAGCAGAAUCUUAAAGACAGGAUCUUGACAGGACCUUCAUUAGGGUGAGGUAAGUGAAGCUAAAUUGAGCAAAUAUGGGACGGAUGCUGUCUAACUUUUUAUAUUGUCCAUCAUGGAAUUUUAUAUUAAUUUUGAGUUUUAAAAAUAUACUGCAUUAAAAUAAAAUAACGUUUAUCUUAGUUACUGGGUUUUUGGCACCCUUUCGAUUUUGUGCCCAAGAUGAGUGCUUUGCUCACCUCACCCUAGUGAUGUCCUCGUUUCUGGGGUUUGAACGAUAUCCAUGACAACAUUACUUUGUGACAUCUUCACCCCCCAUCACACACCAAACAACAGGUGGCUCAAACACCCUGAAUUUCUACAGCUCCCCGAAUGCUCCCUGAAGCCUCUCUGUCGUAGGAUGCUGGCCUAGACCAGUAGGAAUGGAAACAGACCAGGGAUUUUCCCAGAGACUAAAACCAGGAAAGUUUGAUUCUCCACUGGACUGCUGUGUUUGGAUUUGAUCAUUAGAUUUCUAGUUAAUGCUUUUGUUUUUUAAAAACCAAGGACAAAUGAACAAAACCAGAAAGCUUGUGUCAUGCUUGUUUUUGUUUUUAUUUAUAAAUUAGCCAAUCCCAAUUCUUUUUGCCUUAUUUUCAAAGAAAAAGAGGUGGAAAUUUUGAUGGGUCAUCUAGGGUUUAAAAUGGCAAAAUAGGGCUUUAGGCCCUAUAGCUUUUUAUUAAGAAAUUAUUUUUUAUUUGAGAAGGUUAACUUUAUUGAGGCAUUGAAAAACUUCUUCAUUCUAAGGAUGAUGAACCCUGAGAUGAUGAAUAUUUUUUUAUGCUGGAUAGUGAAGUUUGUUUUGCUUUAUUCUUUGGGGGAGGGAUUGGGUAGGAUGGGAGGUGAUGGCAUAACGUAAUGCCUGGGAAAUGACACACUCAGAUUGGCUGUAGUAUUUUGGGAAGAUGGCAGGGGUGGAAGAGGCAAGCCUGUGCAAUUACUGUGCUGACGAGAAGGAAAGAAGGGGUACAUAGUGUGCACUCAAAACAAGCAGACAUUCCCUAGUUAAGGAGGGUAAGUGAGUGAGGGAUGGAAGAUGCUGUCAUCCUACAUGAGGGAUGAUGUCAUCUUUCAGGCUUAAAUUUAAGUGCACUUAGUUACUUUAAUCCAAGGCAUCUGUGGUACCUACUGAAGUUUUAUAAUGAAAGGGGGAGAUUUUCAGGGUUCUUAUUUUUCCCCUUUUGGUUUAAGACAGUACUACCCUCCUGCUGCAUUCUCUACUCCCAUCUCCAAUGGAACAAGUAUGCUAAGGAUUGGUCUCUGAAUCUCUUCCUUAACCUGUGCUGGUUUUAUUGAAAGUUAUAAGAUUUAACCAAAAGUUUUUUCAAAUAAAAAUAUUACAUAAAAAAGUU